CAGCACGCCUCAUUGUGGCUGUGAAGUAAAGCAGUGGUGUGCGACACCGGUGGACUCAACUACGGUUGUAAACUAGCUAGCCGAUGCUACCGGUUUGUUGAACUUUUUUACGACGACACAUUGACUUUUGUUGUAGUGUUUUAUUCGACCCGCUAAUGCCGAGUCGCCACUAAAAAAAAAAGCUCAGUGCUUUUUUUGACUUGGCGUGUGUGGCGUUUGAGGCGGCCCGCCAAUGCUUUUACAUCAGUUCAUGAACGGAGCCCUGGAAGCUGCCAUGCAUCCCACGUCGCUACAGAAAGACACCACUUUCACCAAGAUCUUCGUCGGCGGGCUGCCGUACCACACCAACGACGCCUCGCUGAGAAAGUACUUCGAGGCGUUCGGGGACAUUGACGAGGCGGUGGUGAUAACGGACAGGCAGACCGGUAAAUCCCGAGGAUACGGCUUUGUAACGAUGACAGACCGAGGAGCCGCAGAGAGAGCCUGCAAAGAUCCCAAUCCUAUCAUUGACGGCAGAAAGGCGAAUGUCAACCUGGCCUACCUCGGAGCCAAACCCCGCAGCAUACAGACAGGCAUAUCCAUUGGAGUGCAGCCCAUUCACCCAGCAUUCAUCCAGAGGCAGUAUGGGUUGGCGCAGCCCUACGUGUACCCGCAAACGUACGUGCAGCCCAGCCUGGUGCUGCCCAGCCAGCUGUCCAGCUCGGUGAGCAGCAGCCCGUACCUGGACUACAGCGCGGCCUACACCCAGUACGCCCAGGCCGCCUUUGAGCAGCAGUAUCCCUACGCCGCGUCCCCGGCCGGCUUCCUGGGUUACAGCUACGCCGCCAGCCCCGGCGGCACCGCGGGGCCGGCCGCCGCCGCCACGGCGCCGGCCGCCGUCCACGCCGCCCUGCCCUCGGCCGCCGGCCCCACCCCGGCCUUCCUGCACUACGCUCAGCAGCAGCAGCAGAUCCAGCCGGACCGCAUGCAGUGAGAGGGCGAGGAGAAGCGGGGGACUUUAUGAACAGUGGAAGGCCAAAAUACCCUUUUUGGGGGGUGGGGGGGGUGACCCUGCUUACUUUAAGUGCAGGUUUCAGGAAAAGGGGUGGGACUAUUGCACUGUACGCUAUAUAUCAGGAGCCCCUUUGCUCAUUGGUUAAAAAGGGUAAAGGUGUUUGAGGGGAGGGACAGGCGGAGAAGCUUUAACGUAUACGAUCGCUUCCAACGGCUUCUAGAAGCUGACUCUUCAUUUAUUAUAUUAUUAUUAUUAUUCUUUGUAUUGUUCUGUAUUGUAUUGAUGUUAGCCAUUGCUAUUCCUAGUCGCGUUGCCUCAGUGGAAUGACACGUCUGUGGUACAUAUUUCACGCCCCAAAGCAUCUCCGCUGGAUGGGAGGGUGACUGCUGCUUUCGGACACUGGGGGGGGGGGGGGGGGCCGCCACGGACAAAGUCGCGGUUCAGAGCGCCACCUCGGCGGACGCAAUGUUUCACCUCAGAGAGACAAAACAAAAACUUGAAGCUGCGAUUUAUCCAUCCCGGGGGAGGGGGACGGGGGGUGUAUCAGGAAGAUUUUAUUAUUUUCAUUAAAGGGGCCUUAAUAAAUAAAAAGUACGCCUUACUUAAUCUCCUGAUUUCCAAGAAAGAUCACCGACUGCAGGUUUUGUGACUGUUCGGUUUUCAUUUGCCGGACCCCCGCGAGUGUCUUUUGUUUCUUACAGAUGGACGCAUGUUGUAUUCCCUGGUAGCUGACACUGUCUCAGACACCAGUGCUUUUGUUUUUUCCUCCUCCCCCCAUCUCACGCUCACCACUUGUCCAAGCACUGCUUUCAAGAUAUUCAGUCCUCAAGUACAUUUACAAUAUUUAUAUUUAGGUAUUUAUAAAACAUGUCUUUUCUUUAUUAUUAUUUUUUUUUUUAAUACUAUGACUGUAGUUGUAGCACUGA